AGACGCUCCCUAACCCCUCCCCGGGCAGGUAAACAGCCAACAUGGCGGCGGCGGAGAGCCCGGGCCCGGCGGCGGCGGCACCGGGGGGGCCUGAGCCCGACGGGAUGGGCCUGACGGACCUGCCGGGCGAGCUGCUGGAGCUGAUCCUCUGUUGCGACGUGCUGGGAGCCGCCGACAUCGGGCGGGUGUCGUGCACUUGCCGCCGGCUGCGGGAGGCGUGCCAGCCCCGCGGGAAGGUGUGGCGGGAGCGCUUCCGCCUCAGGUGGCCGUCACUGCUGAAGUAUUACAGCCACACAGACGGUGUCAGCUGGCUUGAAGAGUACAAAGCACGGCACAACGCUGGUCUAGAAGCCCAGAGAAUUGUAGCAUCAUUCUCCAAAAGGUUCUUUUCAGAACAUGUCCCCUGUGAUGGAUUCAGUGACAUUGAGACGCUCGGGUGCCCAAGUCAUUUUUUUGAGGAUGAACUGAUGUGUAUCCUUAACAUGGAAGGAAGGAAAGGUCUCACCUGGAAGUACUAUGCAAAGAAAAUUCUAUACUUCUUACGGCAACAGAAUAUACUAAAAAACCUGAAGGAGUAUCUUCAACGCCCGACUGAUCGGCAGUCGUUUUUGGAGGGUGCUGUUUUAAUUGACCAGUACUGUAACCCUCUGUCAGACAUCUGCUUAAAAAGCGUCCAGGCGCAGGUGGAUGAUAUCACAGAUAAAGUGCGCAAAGUCCUGCGGACGAAAAAUCCAAGGCACCCCAGCUUGGCUUCCAAGGCAGGAGAGGUCCUGAUUCCAGAAGUGGAGCUUCAGCGGCAGGUGCUUGAUGCUAUGAAUUGUGUCCUGUAUGAGCAGUUAAAAUACAAAGGGAACGAGCUGGAUUACUAUAACUCCCUGAAUUCAUACAUUCACCAGGUUUUGAUUCGCAGGACGGGAAUUCCCAUCAGUUUGUCUGUGCUUUAUUUAACAAUUGCCAGGCAGCUGGGAGUCAAACUUGAACCUGUCAACUUCCCCAGCCAUUUUCUACUGCGAUGGUGUCAAGGAAAAGAAGGAAGCACAGAUAUUUUUGACUACACCUACAUCGAUGCCUUUGGGAAGGGGAAGCAGCUGACGGUGAAGGAGUGCGAGUACCUGAUUGGCCACCAUGUGACAGAAGAGUUCUAUGGAGUGGUGACUUCCAAAGAGGUCUUGCAGCGGAUGGUGGGAAAUCUCUUAAACCUCGGCAAGCGGGAAAGCACUGAUCAGUCUUACCAACUAUUGAGAGACUCGUUGGAUCUGUACCUGGCCAUGUAUCCAGACAACGUGCAGCAUCUGAUGCUCCAGGCCAGGUUAUACUUCCACCUGGGAAUCUGGCCAGAAAAGGUUCUGGACAUCUUGCAGCAUAUUCAGGCUUUGGACCCAUCCCAGCAUGGGGCUGUCGGGUACUUGGUUCAACAUACCCUGGAGCAUAUUGAACGCCGGAAAGAGGAGGUGGGACCUGAGGUGAAGUACCGUUCAGAUGAGAAACACAAAGAUGUCUGCUUUUCCAUCGGGCUCAUUAUGAAACACAAGAGAUACGGCUAUAACUGCGUGAUUUAUGGCUGGGAUCCCGCCUGCAUGAUGGGGCAUGAAUGGAUCCGGAAUAUGAACGUCCACAGCCUUACCCAUGGCCCCCACCAACCUUUCUACAACGUGCUGGUGGAAGAUGGUUCUUGCAGAUACGCUGCUCAAGAGAACCUGGAAUAUAACUCUGAGCCUCGAGAGAUCCCUCACCCUGACAUCGGCCGCUAUUUUUCAGAGUUUACAGGCAUUCACUACCUGGCAAAUACCGAGCUAGAAAUUCGGUACCCGGAGGACAUGGACCUGACACGUGUCACAGUUCAGAUGAUCUACAGCUCAGGCAAGGAGUGAGUGCAAAGAGCAUCGUGAUCACAGAAGCAGCUGGAGUGUAGCUUUACCCUUUUUGCAAAACUUGCGUGGAAGGCAAGUUUGGCGACAAUCCUUCGGCUUAAUGCGUUGAGAACUGCAUUGAACUUUGUAACUGGUGCUAUAGCAUCUUUCCAUUGCCUGCCUGCAAGGCCCAAAGGCACAGGGACGCAUUGGUAGUUGAGGCCAAGCGUAAGGAUCUUGGCAGGGCCAGUCGUGCUAGGAAGCGUGUUGUCCUUUGGGAGGAUUUGCGCAUGCUACUCGUUCUGUGAUUGUCUUGCCCAGAAGGUCAACACAAUGAGAUCCCUGAUGUGGAAUAUGGAAGAAACCCCCUCUUGCAGAGAAGGAAGUUACUUGUCCUUGCAGUGUUGUGAGUUUUCGUUUGGUUGGGGUUUGUUGUUUGUUUGGUUUUAAAGCAUAUCUCAUGCAGGUGAUAGUUUUUAAACUCUCUUAUGUUUCAUUGUUGUCUUUUCCAGUCUGAAUUUUUGCUAAGGUUUUGCUUCACCUCUGUAGUCUGAUUAUUCAUAGAGCUACCAUUCCAAUUCUGAAUAUCCUUAUGGGCCCUGGCAACAAAACCGGUGCGGGGCUAACACUGAGGCCCACUUGGGCGCCUUGCUGAUGAUACAAACUCUCCCAAAGCAGAAGAUGAGCUGUUAGCCCUUUUCCGCGCCUGCCAAACACACCCACUCCAUGUUCUCACCUCUUUUUUUGAUCUGUUCAUUGUGUAUGUCCAAGACAGGAUCUUCGGCACCCCCGCGAGAGCUCCCAGGAUGAUUUUGAACCUCACAGCACUGUUUCAUGGAAGCCUUGAGGUCAGUGCCACAAUGACUUUGAUGUAUGGGGAGCUUCCACUCGCUGCUGUCUCUGAUCUAUAGGUAUUUAUGCAAUAUUAUAUAAUGGCGUCAUGACUGGAAACUGGCCAACCUUGGAGUCAGCCAAACCAUGUACAGAAGAGAGAUGUUAAUUCCUGCAGCUUGAGUCCUUCUUCCUUUUUGCCAAAAGUGAAUGGAUUUUAGGGGAGCGCAGACUCUGCUGCCCAGAAGAAGGAAAGAGCUUUAACAGCUCAAGGCACAUGGAUUUUAUUAUAACAUGACUUAAAGGCCCAGACAGCCACUGCAGCAAAGGUUUUCCUCUGGGUUUGGGUAUUAUGGGGCUGCAGAGUGACACAGUGUUUGUGUGUACGUAUCUUUGUGCUUUCUGAAGCAACAUCUACAGACUGGGUGCAGCUACUGUCUCCUGUCACUGUCCCCUUGCAAAACUGUAGUUAUGCCAGAGAUGAGCAUUAGGAACCAUGCCCUAUAGAAUUAGAUGGAUGCUCUUAGCCUAUUGUAGCCCUUCAGGUGUCACCAUUUGAAAUCACACAGCCCACCUCUUAAAAGAAUGCUUGAACUGCAUGCCAUCCUCUUGCAAUAUUAAGCACUGAUUAAAUGUGAGAAAUAAAGACGGAAAGCCCAGCGCUUCUGCCAGCAGAGUGGUGGUGGGUCUGCAGGGCUCCGGGUGCUUUAGGAAGAAGAGCCCGGUCUGGUUGGUGCUGAGGAGCGGUGGAGGUGCUGUACUCCCAGGAGAACUGUCUGUAAAGUUGGUGUUGAACUUGGAGAGGGGGGAGGCUGAAGAAUUUCUGCAGAAGCAGAAUGGGUCCAACUGAAAGCAGGGUAGGGAAUCAUUAGGCAAAAUCUUAAUAUCCAUCUCUUGUUUCUGAGGGUUUUAAGGGUUGAAAGCAGAUCUCAAAAGAUCCCCAGCGGGGAUGCAAAGUUGGGGAUGGGGUUGUGGAGUCACAGGGUUGGUGCUGGUAGCUGAGAACAGCCCUGCAGGGGCAGGACCUGGGCUCUCCAUUCCCAGCCUCAGCUUUGACAAGGGCGGCUCUGCGACAGCACAGAUACCAGUGAGUUUCCUGGGGCUUUGUGCUCCUCUCUGCCGAACGGGCAGUCUCCUGGCACCUUGCUCCUCUCAAGUGCAUGGAGAAUUGCCGCAUACCAAGCUUGUAGGAGUCCUGAGCAAGAGGUGCUGCCUCGGGGAGGAUUGCACCAUUGAAAAAGCCACAGGACUCAACAGAAACCUGCCCAAAGUUCCUCUGAAAACUGAGGCUGGACAGCGCUGAUCUAACCCAUGAGAAAAUGUGCUGUGUGCUUUAACCUGGGGGUCCCAGAGCAGCCAGCAGGAGCCCAUUAUUAUGGCCUCUAAACAUAGAAGCCACUCUGUGUUUAUACUCUGGAAAUUCAGAGUCUGGCCAAGGAGGUGUGGGAGCUGCUCCUCAUGCGGUUCACACACGUUUCCCCCACCCACAGACUCUUUGCUGUUUCCCUUUUCGCUUGGGGUGCAAAAGGGGAGCGUUCUGGUGCAAUAGGGGACAGACUGCAAGUGACUUGAGGAAAACAAGGCGACCCAGCCAGCCCUGUUGCUAAAACCUCUUGUCGCUUCAACAGACGUUUUGUAGAGGAACUGCGUCCCCAGACAGGACUUCCUGCCUGCUUUGCUGUGCUGACCGCAUUGGUGCACAGUUAUGUGGGUGUUGGUGGCGUCCAGGAGCGCAGACACCCCCUCGUACGUGCCAAAUUGAGAAGAGAUGGAGGCGUGUCGGGUAGGCACCGCAAACCAUCAGCACAGCCGUCCAAGUCCCAUUUUGGGACUUAAGACAGAACCAAAGGAAACAGUGUCGAAGGCUCCCCCGUUUUGCUCCGGUUUGGUUUUACGUGCCCGUUACUGCAUUCUGUCUUGCACGCUGUGCAUUGAGUCUUUGUGAGGAGGAAUUCCCAGCUGUGUGUGUGUGUGCAGCUGUGGAGACCUCAGCCCCAGGGCCCUCGGGGAAAACUGAAAACCCCACAUCUGUAUCCCCACUUGAGCAACCUCUGUUCCUGUGGGCUGAGCAUCCAUGGUCCAGCGCAGCCAGGGCACACCGCUGGUUGAUGGAGGUCAGCUUUAGGUGAUUGCUGGUCCCUCGGGUGGCUCUUCUGUCCCGCCCUCCCCUCCUGGCAGCCUGGGUGCCUUUGCAGCCACCAUCUCCCCAAGAAGCCAGCGGUGGAUCCCCAAAAGUUCAUGUCUGUGAGUAAUGUCUGGGUCCACGUGAAUCUGUGUAUGUUAAAGAUGCACAUACAUCCCGGUUUGUCCUGUCAUGUCUACGCAGAGCUCAUUUGGGAGAAGGGACGUUUGCUUUCUGGAGAAGGUGCAGUUGCCACCCCUGGUCUGGUGCAGUGCCCAGCUCUCCUCAUCCUGGGUCCCGUGCCGCAGAGGGGUGAAUUUCCUGCAGCCAACACCAUCUUUCCUGUGUCAUCGGCCGUCUGUCCUGUGGACAGGACAGCCAGGGCGCCACCGCCUUGAAAUGGCUCUCUGGAGGGUGAAGGAAAAAAAUACAGAGGGGAGGAAGAGGGGGCAGGAGCAAGUAGUAAUUGUUGUCUGGUUCAUUAGGGAAAGGGCACAGGGAGGUGACACACGGGGCCAGUGGGGACACACGGGAGGGGUGCCCUGACAACCCGUAGAGCCGAGGACAUGGCGUGUGGCCUCUGUGACAAACCGUGGCAGUUUGUCACCAACCUCUACAGGAAAAGCAGAUGCCCCAUGCACCAGCCAGCCCGGACUCUGGCCAGUGGCGAGCUGCAUCUUCUAGGGCUUUGUUGCUGAGUGUGGGAGGGAAAAGGGAGGAAAGACCUAUUUGGGUCUUCUAGUCCCUUCCAGACCACCUUCAGCUUCGCUCUGGGUUGUGCAGGGUAUUGUCCUGCCUGGUGUUGAACAUCUCCAAGGGAUGUCACAGCCUGGCUGUGGCUCUUCCCCACUGUGACGACACGGGGACUGGCUGCGUUGGUGUCAUCCCUCUUUCCUACCCAUCUCCUUUGGCUGGGGACACCUGGGCUGGGUGAAAAGAUACAGAAGAUUAAUUGUCUCCCCAGGUCCUGGCCCAGGGUGACAGCUGAGGCUGCAGGGUGGGGACAUCUCUCCUUUAUCCUUUUUUUAAAAACAUGAAACAGGUGUUUUAUUGGAUCUGGGGCAGCUGGAGGCUGGAAAUUAUUUGAUUCUUGUCCUGUUUGUAUUUGGCUUUAAAAAAAAAUAAACCACCCUGACUUGC